AUGGCAACAUCCUGUUAUCCCACUACAACCUAUCCGGCUGGUAAUUUCACUUUCUGUGCGGGAUCCAUCCUGUUCAGACGUGCACGCGUAAUCCAGACUGCUGAUAUCUCAUCGUCCACGCAAACUCCGAGGGAUCCUCCAAAAUGGAAAUGGCAGAUUUGUCUCCUCUAUCAUUGCGUAAAGGAUGAGUGGUUACUCCCAAAGGGUCGGAAAGACGCAGGGGAAAGCUUGGAAGCAGCAGCCAUUCGAGAGACAUUCGAAGAAACUGGUUACCCAAACACCUAUCUUCCUAUCACUCUUCCGACUCGCGCACCUAUGCCAGGAACGAAUCAAAAAGACGUCGUUCGUAUUGCGGGAAAGUGCACGAGUGAACCUAUAGCCAUCACAGUGAGGGAUGUCAGUAAUGUCCCUUUUGCUUGGGAUUCCAGCGCCACCGAGACCACCCACAGCAACCUACUUUCAAAACUUUCCUUGCAAGUUGACCGCGCGAAAACUCGAGUUCCAAAUGCCAAAGUUAUCCAUUGGUACGCUACAGUUGUACAAAGUCAAGCUCGGUUAUUUGUUCACCCGGAGUGUCUGGGACCGGGGACCGAGCCAAUACCGGAUUUUGGACUGGAUGAGCUGGGGGACAGCGAAAAACAGGAGAAUACGCAAACUGCUUCAGAGAGUUUUGAUUCCCAGUUUUUCGAUGUCGAUGCUGUAGACGGUGGCUUGGGCGCAGUUGAGCGACUGACGUUUCAAGGAGAUCAGGAUAUUGCUAGGCUAGCUGUUGAAUUGGUGAAGGGAACAUACGGCGAUUAA